AGGGUGGCUUUGCCUGGCCGCGCCCGGCCUGAGAUGCUGGUCCCAGCGACAGAGAGGCCGCCCCCAUCGGCCCUCCCCGGGGCGGGGCCAGGCCAGACAAGCCCUGAGUCAGCAACGCGACGGGGGCAGUUUUGUCCCUCCGCGGACCCCGUUUCUCUCGGCCACCAUUGAGCGGGUUUCCUUUUUCCGGCGCUCAGGGUGCGAGAACCAGGUCCGGGCAGCUAGGCAGCGGGCUGUAGUAUAACCCUAGAGCUCACCUGAGGACCCCCGAAAACUAACGCCCCCCCCCCACGAGGCAGCGUGGGCACCAUGAAUAACGCGGGACUAAAUUCGGAGAAGGUAGCAGCUUUGAUCCAGAAACUAAAUUCAGACCCCCAGUUCGUCCUUGCCCAGAACGUCGGGACCACCCACGAUCUGCUGGACAUCUGUCUGAAGAGGGCCACAGUUCAGGGUGCUCAGCAUGUGUUCCAGCACGCUGUGCCUCAGGAAGGCAAGCCCGUCACCAACCAGAAGAGCUCUGGACGAUGCUGGAUCUUUUCUUGUUUGAAUGUUAUGAGACUUCCAUUCAUGAAAAAAUUCAAUAUUGAAGAGUUUGAGUUCAGUCAAUCUUACCUGUUUUUUUGGGACAAGGUUGAGCGCUGUUAUUUCUUCUUGAAUGCUUUUGUGGACACAGCCCAGAAAAAAGAGCCUGAAGAUGGGAGACUGGUGCAGUAUUUGCUUAUGAACCCUACGAAUGAUGGCGGACAGUGGGAUAUGCUUGUCAAUAUUGUUGAGAAGUAUGGUGUUGUCCCUAAGAAAUGCUUCCCCGAGUCCCAUACGACAGAGGCGAGCCGAAGAAUGAAUGAUAUCCUGAAUCACAAGAUGAGAGAAUUCUGCAUACGACUACGGAACUUGGUACACAGUGGAGCGACCAAAGGGGAGAUCUCAUCCACACAAGAUGCUAUGAUGGAGGAGAUAUUCCGAGUGGUGUGCAUCUGUCUGGGUAACCCACCAGACACCUUCACCUGGGAGUACCGAGACAAAGAGAAGAACUACCACAAGAUUGGCCCUACAACACCCCUGCAGUUCUACAGGGAGCACGUGAAGCCCCUCUUCAACAUGGAAGACAAGAUUUGUUUUGUGAAUGACCCACGGCCCCAUCACAAGUACAAUAAACUGUACACAGUAGACUACUUGAGCAAUAUGGUUGGAGGGAGAAAAACGCUGUAUAACAACCAGCCCAUUGACUUCUUGAAAAAGAUGGUUGCAGCCUCCAUCAAAGAUGGAGAGGCUGUGUGGUUUGGCUGUGAUGUUGGAAAACACUUCAGUGGCAAGCUGGGCCUCAGUGACAUGAAUGUCUAUGACCACGAAUUAGUGUUCGGGGUCUCCUUGAAGAACAUGAAUAAAGCUGAGAGGUUGGCUUUCGGUGAGUCACUGAUGACCCACGCCAUGACCUUCACUGCUGUCUCGGAAAAGGACGACCAGGACGGCACGUACGUGAAAUGGCGAGUGGAGAAUUCAUGGGGUGAAGACCACGGCCACAAAGGUUACCUGUGCAUGACCGAUGAGUGGUUCUCAGAGUACGUGUACGAGGUGGUGGUGGACAGGAAGCAUGUCCCAGAAGAGGUGCUGGCUGUGUUAGAGCAGGAGCCCAUUGUGCUGCCGGCGUGGGACCCCAUGGGGGCGCUGGCUGAGUGAGUGGUGCUGCCUCCAGCUCUUUCCUCCUCCCAUGGGAUCGGAUGCAGCUGCCAAGGACAGAUCCAGGGACGGAACCAAAGUCACAUGGGUGGCUGUUCCCUCAGGACACAGUCAGACUCUUGGGUCUCCAAUCUCCUCCAGGAACCUCUUUGAGAAAGAUGCUUUAUGCUGAAACAAAAUAUUCAUAAAGGAAAAAAAAAGGGAACGAUUGGGUCACACUGUCUGCUCUCCUCAUCUCCGACAGCUCAGGGUCUCGUAGCGUUUUAACUGGAUGUAAGUGUCCGACUGU